UUGUGUGUUCAUACUAGGCUACAAGAACAUGUCAUGCCAUACGAAGACAAGUAGUUGUAGACAAUGGUAGAGUCAAAUUCUCCAUCCCCAAAGGUUUUCAAAAUCUUAGUAUACAAGAACACAGAGAAUCUGCAUAGCAAGGAAUGACAAUAAUGAUGGCAAGGCCACAUGUAAUGGUUGUACCUUACCCAGCACAAGGGCAUGUGAUUCCUCUGAUGGAUCUUUCACUGAUCUUAGUCAAACAAGGUAUCAAAAUAACAUUUGUGAACACCAAAGAAAACCAUGACAGGAUCAAGAGUGCACUUCCAUGUGGGGAUGGUUUACUAUCUCAAAUUUAUCUGGUGUGGAUUUCUGAUGGAUUGGAAUCCUCAGAGGAGAGGAAAAAACCUGGAAAAUCAUCUGGAGCAGUGUUGAAGGUUAUGCCAGAGAAAGUUGAGGAGCUAAUUGAAUGCAUCAAUGGAUCAGAAAGUGAGAAGAUCACAUGUGUGCUUGCUGAUCAGAGCAUUGGAUGGGCACUUGAUCUUGCAGAGAAGAAGGGAAUUAGAAGAGCAGCUUUCUGUCCUGCAUCAGCAGCACAGUUGGUGUUGGGAUUGAGCAUUCCAAAGUUUAUUCAUAAUGGGAUCAUAGACAAAGAUGGAACUCCAUUGGAAAAGAAAGGCAUUCAACUAUCCCCUACAAUGCCAAGUGUAAGUACAGAAAAGCUUGUCUGGGUUUGUGUGGGAAACAAGACCAUUCAGAGGCAUAUUUUUCAACUCAUGGUAAAGAACAUAGAGUCCAUGAAGAAAACUGAGUGGCUGCUUUGCAAUUCAUCUCAUGAACUUGAGUCUGAAGCAAUUACUAUGGCUCCAGAGAUCAUACCUAUAGGGCCACUUCUGUCAUGCGAUCAAUUUGGCCACUCUGCAGGCAAUUUCUGGCCACAAGACCUAUCUUGUUUGAAAUGGUUAGACCAACAAUCACCAAACUCAGUAAUAUAUGUUGCAUUUGGAAGCUUUACAAAGUUUAGUCCUCCCCAGUUCCAAGAACUUUGUUUUGCUCUUGAACUUUCCAACAGACCUUUCCUUUGGGUUGUGCAACCAGAAGAGUCAAAACUUGCAUAUCCAGAAGGUUUUGUAGAAAGGGUGGUGGAACGUGGAAGAGUGGUGGGUUGGUCACCACAGAAGAAAAUUUUGAUCCAUCCUUCAGUUGCCUGCUUCAUAAGUCACUGUGGUUGGAACUCCACACUGGAAAGUGUCAGCAAUGGGAUCCCAGUCUUGUGUUGGCCUUAUUUUGCUGAUCAAUUCCUAAACAAGAGCUAUGUUUGUGAUAUUUGGAAGGUGGGAUUGGGACUUGAACCAAAUGAGAGUGGCAUGAUCACACAAGGUGAAAUCCAAAGCAAAAUCCAUCAAAUUUUUAUAGAUGAACAAUUGAAAUCAAGGGCUAGAGAUUUCAAGGAGAAGAUUCAUAUUGGCACUGGACAAGGUGGUCUGUCAAACAAAAAUCUAGACAGCUUCAUCAGCUGGAUAAAAAGUUGAAAGAGUUUAAAGUUAACAGCACUUGCUAUAAAUUUAAUACAAUCAUGCUUGCUUUCAGAAUCCUUUUCUUCCUCCUUAUGUGUUUCUGUCUGUGUUCCUUUACAAUGACAUUCUCUUUUUUCUUAG